UCGCGAGAGCGGCGUGGCCACUCAGCCUGCGGCACAAGAUGGCGGCGCGCUGGUCGCGUCGCGCUUGCGUUCGUUACUAGGGGUGGCGGGCGCCCGUAGAGGCUGCGGCGGCAUAUUGGAGCGAGUGACCGGGAUUUCUUCAACCCUUUGAGACAGUUGGAGACACCUGGGGUAUAGUGAAACCAGAGUUGGGAACCACUUGUUCUCUACCUUAUCAGUUGAUUCCAGGAAGAUGACCUGCAUCUCACCAUAACACUUAGGAAUACAUGUGAUACUGAAUCUUAUCCUGUAAAUUGACAUUCCAAAAAAGGAUGGCUUUGAAUAAAUCAAUGCAUGCAAGAAACAGGUACAAGGAUAAGCCUCCUGACUUUGCAUAUCUGGCAUCCAAGUACCCAGAUUUUAAGCAGCACGUCCAGAUAAAUCUGACUGGAAGAGUGAGUCUUAACUUCAAGGACCCUGAAGCUGUCCGAGCUUUGACUUGCACUCUCUUGAAGGAGGACUUUGGGCUUUCCAUUGAUAUCCCAUUGGAAAGGCUCAUCCCUACAGUUCCUCUGCGACUCAACUAUAUCCACUGGGUAGAAGAUCUGAUUGGCCCUUGGGACCCGGCCAGGAGUGCCCUCCGCCGGGGGAUUGACAUCGGUACAGGAGCAUCCUGCAUCUAUCCUUUACUUGGAGCAACUCUCAAUGGCUGGUAUUUCCUUGCAACAGAAGUGGAUGAUAUGUGCUUUAAUUAUGCUAAGAAAAAUGUGGAACAGAAUAAUUUAUCUGAUCUCAUAAAAGUGGUUAAAGUACCACAGAAGACACUCCUAAUGGAUGCUCUUAAAGAGGAAUCUGAGAUCAUUUAUGAUUUUUGCAUGUGCAACCCUCCCUUUUUUGCCAACCAGUUGGAAGCCAAGGGAGUAAACUCCCGAAAUCCUCGUAGGCCUCCCCCAAGUUCUGUAAACACUGGGGGUAUCACUGAAAUCAUGGCAGAAGGAGGUGAAUUAGAGUUUGUCAAAAGAAUCAUCCAUGACAGUUUGCAGCUGAAGAAAAGACUGAGAUGGUAUAGCUGCAUGCUUGGAAAGAAAUGCAGUCUGGCUCCGUUGAAGGAGGAGCUACGGAUACAAGGGGUCCCCAAAGUCACCCACACUGAAUUCUGUCAGGGGCGAACAAUGAGAUGGGCUUUGGCUUGGAGCUUUUACGAUGAUGUGACAGUGCCUUCACCUCCAUCUAAGAGAAGAAAACUAGAAAAGCCUAGGAAGCCCAUUACAUUUGUAGUAUUAGCAGCCACAAUGAAAGAGUUAUCCCUCAAAGCUUCUGCUGUGGGCUUGGAGACUGUGGAAGGCAUAGCAGUUAUUACAACGUGGCUUGAAAAAAUCCUCACUGAUCUGAAGGUCCAGCAUAAACGGGUUCCCUGUGGAAAAGAGGAAGUUAGUCUAUUCCUAACAGCCAUAGAAAACUCUUGGGUUCAUUUAAGGAGAAAGAAAAGAGACAGAGUGAGGCAAUUGAGAGAAGUUCCUCGAGCCUCUGAAGACUUCAUUCAAGCUAUGGAAGAGGAGAAACCUAUUCCCAAAGAGAUUGAAAAUAAUCCAGAUUGGGCUAAGUGCCCUGACGAGAGCUCCCCAUCCAGGCCUGCCGUGUGUGGUGCUGAAACAGCUGUGUCUGAAAGUCACCACCCAGACAAUAGCCAAGAACCAAUGGAGGAGGAAGGGACUGAGAAAAAGGGAAGGACAGAGGUUUUAGAAAGUGUCAGGGGCUCUUUCUGUGCCACUGAGGAGUUAGAUGCUCUUGAAGAAGUUGCCAAUACAGUGGCUGAAAGAGAGAAAAAUUCUCAAGGGGCUCCCGGACAUUAUCUUUUUAAAUGUUUAAUAAAUGUCAAGAAGGAGGCAAAUGACGACACAGUGGUAGAGAUGCAUUGGGUUGAGGGACAGAACAGGGACUUAAUGAACCAGCUCUGUACGUAUUUACGCAACCAGAUUUUUAGGCUUGUUGCUAGUUAGCCACAAACAAAUUCCUGGCACAGCUGGGUCAGUCCAAUGUAGGGCAGCUUGCCUUUUAGAACUUCUUUUUACUAAUUCAGGAGAAAAAUCAACGACACUAGCACAAAUUUUUUUUUUAAGACAAUUCUAGUGAGUCAGCCCUGGGCUGGAUGUUUUUUUGUUUGUUUAGAUACAGGGAAUCACUGUAAAGUGACACCAGAGGAAAUGUCCUGGAUGUUAGUAACAAUAAAAAACUACCAGGAGGCUGGGGUUGUAGAUGGAUUUAAAUCUCUCUGGCUUCGUGUAGGGCUGGCUCUCCAAGGCCAGAAGCUUGUUUGUGUAGCAUCUGAGGUUUAGGUCAGGCAUCUGUUUCAUUUUGGCUGAGCUGGCACCUUGGCCUGCAGGGAUAUGCUGUCUUUCAGGCCUUCUCUGGAGGGUACUGCUACGGAGAGGCAAGUAGGUUUCAUUAUCUCCUCUCAAAAGACAGAUCACUUGGCAGGCUCAGGGGCUGUCUUCAUGAGUCAGCAUCUAAGACUGAACUUGCUUACUAAUGUUCUGAUUGACCCUUCACACAAGUCCCAUGCCCCGCCCCAUAUCUCCAAAUAAGAACCUAACCUUAGGGGUCCGAUGGUGAGUUAGGGCUAGAUACAACACAAGAACAAAGAGCUUCUGAUUCAUUCCCAGGAAGAUAUGCCUCAACCUGGGUUUUCUUGAUGAUUAGAAAUUGGCAAGAGGCAUGUGCUUAAUGAGUAAAGAAGAGAGUCAUGACUCAUCUCUUUGAUGCUCUUGCUCCAAAACCUAAGAGUAAAGCAGUAUUCUCCACUCUGAGCCUGGGACGUGUUCUUUUAGCAGCAUUAAUUCUAUACAAUUUUAGAAUUAUUUUCAAAUCUCAACCAAGAUUCAUUUGGUUUGCUCACGCCAAGUGCACACACACGCGUGCGCGCGCACGCACACACAUAUAUACAUACUUAGAAUAUUCAGAAAUGAAAAGGGGCAAUCCUAUUUCUUGUUUCAAGGGGCUUUCUGUGAUUGAAGUUGUCAGAAACUAGGAAUACACAUUUGUUGUCCAAGUAGUCUGUUGGCAGUCAGGUGGUGGUCAUUUUUUGACAGGUAAAUUGAUGCUGCUUGAACAUUAGUCUAAAUAGUCAACUCUAAUCCUCACUAUAUUUUCUUACUGUCAGUAGAAUUUGGAUUCCUAGUGUAAUCAUCUUCUCAAAACAAGCGUUCCAUUAAGAAUGCUUUGGGUUCUGUUAGGGUUGGAAAGGCUGGGGUUUUGUUUUAAGCACCAUGUGGGACCCCCAGGUCUUCUUUCUCCAAGACUAGCUCUAUAUUCACUAGGCUGCGUUGUUCCAAUUCUGAGGUUUUAUCUAGAGCACUAUAGAUAUCUGUCACUCUCCCUUCCUCAAGGGAAACAGAGCAAGCACUGAGGUUUUUUAAGAGUAGGGUCAUGAAAAAGCCACCUUGAGCACACAUGGGAUUCCUUUGCCCAAAGGUGUCAGCUUCAUUGUUACAAGCCUGUACCUGUGAUUUUCUGUCCUACAAUGUUAGAGCUAGGAGGGACCUCGAAAGCAUUUCUUAUACCCCACUCCCUUCAGAUACCCUCCAUUGUACAGAUAAGAAACCAGUAUCAGGGCCAGGAAGCUAAUUAGGAGCAGUGCUAGGGCUAAAACCCACAUUUUCUGACAUUAGGGCAUAUAAUUCCUUGUGUUUGAAGUAUUCAUUAAAUGAUAACUUCAUAUUUAAAACA